GUUCAAUUAAGAAUUAUUUUCCAAACUUUCUUCCAGCUGAUGCCUGCUGCAUCAAGAAAAUCACGAGCAUACAGCACCAAUGUUGAAUCAGCCUCAAAGAGUGAGCCCCUGGGACAGUCAAAAGGUCGUUAUAUGGUAACCCUUAUUCCAGGGGAUGGCGUUGGACCAGAACUUUGUCACAGUGUGAAGAGAGUGUUUAGGUAGGCUUUUUUAAGUGCAAGGUUAUCUCAACGUCCAAAUUUAACAUAACAGUGUGUUUUUUGUAGGUCAAAGUGAAAUUCCAGCUAAAAUGGUUUCAACCUGAUUGAUUCUCACUUAUUCCUAACCCUAAUCAUUGGCAGAUCUAGGGGAGGGGCCAAGGGGUCCCAGGCCCCCUUCUUAUUUUUAGGCCAAACUGAAGCCUGCAAGACUGAUAAGAAUAUUUUUUGAGCCCGGGCCCCUCUCUUUUCUUAGUUCUCUGGAUCUGAAUUCACCACUGCUAACAUUCAUGAUCAUGAUACCUGAAUUUCAUUUCAUCUAUAUGUAUGUGAUUCAUUCUCAUUCACUCACUCACACUGGUUCUUUUUUUGUUAGUGCUGCUGGGGUGCCUGUAGACUGGGAUGAAAUUCCAAUCAGGUAAGACUUACACUGGAUAUUUGUCACAAAGUAAAUUAUCUAAAAACAAAAAAAUAAUCUAACCCAAAACUGAUCCACCACAAUGCCAAAUGCUUCAUUGCCAACAUAAUGCAGUUUUUUUUGCAAUGAUGUUUUUAUCUCUGACUCCUAACAUACUGCAAGUUCCAAACUAAAAAAAGUGAGCCUAACUUAAGUUGUACAAUACAUAGUAGCGGCAGAUGACUUGUCCAAAAAUUUGGGCAGCCAUUGCCUAAGAAUGCAAAAAGUCUACUUCCAGUUGACAUGCCUCGCUCAAAAAAGUCUUUGCUCCCUUCUCCUCAUUUAUUAACUAAAACAACUGCACGCUUGUCUUUGAUUCUUGAAGAGCUAGUGCAGGGGCUUCCUUACCUUGUGAUCAUAGUAAUUAUUUACUAUUUUCCAUCAUUUCAGUGAUGUGAGCUAUGGUAGCAGAUAUACUUUGGAUGAUGUUGUUCAGUCGAUGAAGAAAACUGGAGUAGGUUUAAAAGGUGGGAGCUGCGAAACUGUCAGCUUACGGUACUUAAAGGGUUCCAAACCAGCUGAAGCUAAAACCACUGUUCUUUUUGUUGUUGUUGUUGUUGUUUUUAUUUUUUCAAAUCAAAACACUUAAUCAGCUAACUUUCACUGAUUCUUACUUCCAGGUGCUUUGACAACACCAUCCAGUAUCUCCAGUCAGGAUCACUUAUCACUUAAUCAAAAAAUGAAGUAAGUAUACAGACAUAAUAUACUCCCAUUCCAUUAGUAAUUUCUCCUAAACACUCAAGAAACAGGUCACGAGAACACAUGGGAUCCUCACAUCUGAUUAGAAUUAUCAGGACAUUAACCUUCGUUUAUUAUUGUCCUUUAACCUUCACCUGGUUAGCUCAAUUGGAUAAGCACUGGUCUGCUGAGCGGGGCAGGCCACUGGUUCAAACCCCAGCCGCACCAACUCUCAGGGACUUUAAAUAACUUACUGUGAGACAUAAAAGAACCCAUACACCAUUCCUAAAGAGUAGUGGAUGAGUCACCAGUGUUGUGGUCUAUCUCGGGGGGGGGGGGAGGGGAAUGGCCCCACAUAUUGGCCGGCCCUUUUGGUGGGGGUCCUCCCGCCAUGGGAAACCUAAGUUCCAGAGAAACCCCUUAACUCGACCCCCUUUGGGCCCAAAAAUACUGGGUCUUCACACCAAGUGGUUGCCCUAACGGGGCUACGAAAAAUUUUUAAAAUAUCUCGGGGGGGGGGGGGAUGGUAAUGGCCCACAGUAUGGCCAGGCUCUGUUGUAGUGGCUCUGCCAGCAUUGGCAAACCUAAGUACAGUAGAAUCCCAUUAAUGCGACCACUGUUGGGCCAUAAAAUCCUGGUCGUAAUAACAAGGUGGUUGCAUUAACGGGGUCAAUAAAAUUAUUAAGAAGACUCAGUGAUUUUUGCUCUUGGGUCAAAAGAAUAAGGUUGUAAUAACAAGGUGGUCGUUUAAACGGGGUAGUCGAGAGGCGAGGUUCCACUGUAAAUAAGCUGCUUGUACAGGUAGCUCUUAAAAGUGGCAAAGUCAAUUUAAUUCUUGGUGAUUGAUCAGACCUUCCAAUAAUCUUCAAAAUUUCUGGCUAUCUGAGACCCCAGUGAAAUUCCUUUUACUAGAUCCCACACACUAGCUGACAGGGUAUUUAAAAGUCAUGGUGGCUGCCAUAAAAAUAAAAAAAGUUCUAAUCAGGUGUGGGGUUACUCUGUGUGGGAAGGAAGUGAUCACCAGAUUCAAUUAACCUUCUAAGCCCCAAUAUAUCCACAUACAAAUUCUCCAGAAUGAUGUCUGUAGAUUUUCCUCAAAAAUAGGUGGACGGAAUUGGAUGGAAGAUGAAAGCAUUUUCACUUUGGUGAUCAUUUUCUUAAUUCUCAUAAUCUUUACCCUUGAUGAUGUAUUGAUUUCCUUAGGAGAAAAUGGAUGUUGGUCACUUGGGAGACUUCGGGGUUAAGCAUUUGAAGUACAUUGUAUGUUUUCAGAUACGGUGGAGUGGAUAGGGCACUGGACUAAGCCUCAGUCUUGCGGUUGUAGGGUUAAGCGUAGCCUGACAUUUUGCAACACCUCCACUGGUUUCCCCACAAAAUGACUUCUGAUAAAUGAGCACAGAAAUUCUAUACUGAUGACCAGUCACUACAACCCAGUUCUUGGUAGUGCUUCUGAUUGGCUGAAAAUUUGCUUCAACCGAGCGGAAGCAAUACCCUGUGCUCAUUUCUCAGGUAUCAUUUGGCAGGGAAACCAGCGCUGGUGUCGCAAACUGUUGGUUAUUUUCUCAGGCUUGGUUAAGCAGAGUUGGAGUCGUUUCUCUUAAGCCCAAGGUUUAACUACUCUGUCACACAUAGCUGACUGGUUUGUCUCCUUCUAGUUGUAUAUCUUAACCUUUGAUCUUAGCUUAGAUAGUGGCAGGAGAACCAUAGUAAAACCUUUGGUGAACCAGCACUCUAUGUUACCCUUGUUGAAUAAAGGCAUAUGUUAUUUAUGUUUGUUUUCAUAAUGACUUAAUGAGUCAAUCCUUUUUACUUGCAGAACAGAGCUGGACCUGUUUGCAAAUGUUGUCCACUGUAAAAGCCUUCCAGGUUAUAACACCAGGUACCAUUAAUUCCUCUUCCACUAAAUGUGUUAUUUCAUUUGGUUUUAAUUUGUUGAUAUAUCCGACGGUGCAGCAUUACAGAAUGAUUACUUUUAUCUCACAAGUCACUUGAAACUAGUUGUAUGACCAUACUUACCACACCUUCCUCACAACUUAAUGGAGAUUAUGUUUGCUACCAUUGUCUGAAAGGUUAACUCUUGUUGACUCAUUGUGAUUUAUAUGAGAUAGACUGGGGAGUAAUCGUGAAGAACCCCUCCCCUAAACUGUCUGUUGGUCAACUGUCGCCAACGGUUAACCAACACAUGACUGACAUAUUACAUACACCUUACCAACAAUAAACUGCACAAAAAACUGUUAAAAAUGAAACUAAAGACAGUUUGUCUCGCCAAAUAACCUUUUUACUAUGAACCUACCUGGGGUUCCUGGGGUUCCUGAGGUAAGCUCUUUUUGCUAUAAAAGUCAUACUAGUAUCAUACAACCUACCAGGGAGGGCAGAAAAUGACUCUGUAGCUACAGCAGAUCUGAUUAGCUCUUGGAAAUAAGGGGUCAUGUUUCCUUAAUCUCCUGUGGGACUUAAAAUUAAUUGUUAAUAAAAUAAGUCCUGUUUUCUGUAUAUCAAACUCAUCACCAAUUGAUGAUCUUGGGAACUGGUGCCUAAAAGGUUAGCAGGGGAGGCCGAAUGCCAAAUAAGGCAAGGAGGUAACCAGGCAACCCUGGAAGCAGGAACCACUCCUGCCAGCCACCAAUAACGGACACCGUCAUACUGAGAAAAAACUAAGUGGAAGAGUUACUUACCAAGUGAAAUACUUACCUGCGCACCCACACAUGAUAGCAGGGAGAGAGGAGAGGGAGCAAGUUUCCGCAAAGAUUCACCAACACAAAAGCUUAAGUGAUCCACAGUGAUCAGCUAAAAAUAGCUUGCUAAUGAUGCCAAUGGUAACAAUCCUGAAAGCCCCAAAUGGGCCACCCCACACGUCACGCACACUAAAAUGGGGAACACCGCUGGCAGCAUUGGCUCAAGGUUAACUUAGCCUAAAUAAAAUUUAGCCACAUCAAAAUUUCUUAUCUUUGUUAGACAUAAAGAUGUAGAUAUGAUAAUUAUCAGAGAGCAGACAGAGGGAGAAUACACUAGCCUGGAACAUGAGGUCUGUAAUUUUUUCAUGUUUUCCUUGAAAGAUAUGAUAUUCUUUAGUCAGAGUUUAACAUGGAACAAUAUGUAGAUGUUAAUGUUUUUCACCUUUUCCUGGCUUUUUAAAAAUUUCUUUUCAUACCCUUAGUGCAAUGUUUCAAUAUAUUUCCCACAAUUUUUUUUUCUAUUAACCAGUCUCGAUCAAGAUCCUCAAGAUUUCUAUUAACCCUAUUUCUAUUUUAAAAGUCUCAAGAGUGUCCAACAUCAACUUUCUCCCAAAAAUACAAUUAUUAUGUCUAAACACAAUAAGAGAAAUUAGGUUAUGAGAGUAAGUAAACUGAUCACUUAAAUGAAAAAGCUUACAAUGGAGGUCAAUAUGGAGAAUCUGUAUGUGGAUCUUGGGACUUAAAGGGCUAACCAAUCUCCGUCAAGAUCAUCUUUUUAUUAGCUUCCUUAAGGCCAUAACCAUGUCCCUGUAUUUCAUGUAAUGUGGUAACAGCUCUUUCUGAUUUUACUAAAGAACAGUGUUAGGGACUUCUGUGAGGUACUAUUGUAUUUCUUGUGUUGAUUGGUAACAGAGUGUGCCAGGAGUUGUAGAAAUGAUCAAGGUUAUCACAAGAAAGAAAUCAGAAAGGAUUGCUAAGUUUGCUUUUGACUAUGCAACAAGGCACAAGAGACAGAAAGUCACUGCUGUUCACAAGGCAAAUAUUAUGUAAGUUCAAGUUGUUCUGAAGCAAAUUACAUGUAUUGGUGAAUAGUUAAUGUCAUACAGCUGCUUAUACACUGUAACCCUUCAGCUCCUUAGUCAUCACCACCAUCUAAAAUCUCAAGUUGUGUAUUAUGAAAACUUGUCACUCAAAUACAUUUUGACGAUGUCCAAAAACAUGGACUGUUGUUUGUGUUUUACUUUGUUCCUUUUUGUUGUUCCUCAAAAUGCAGUAUAUGGGGUUUUCAUAGUUAAAUAAUUGUCAAAUUCAAAAACAAAUCCUUGAAAAGUCCGUAAAGUUUUUUCAUCUCCGAAAAGGAAAUUUUACUGUAGAACUGUAGUUUGAAUCAUUAAUUUCAUGAAGUGAAACAUGUUAAACUAACCAAGUAAGAAAACUUUUUAAUAGGGAAAAUGGAAUGUAACAGGAGACAAACAUUAUCUGCAACGUGUAUACAGAAUUUGCCAUUUCAUUUGUAAAUUGUCUAUUCUCUCAAUAGGAAGCAAGGUGAUGGUUUGUUUUUGAAAACUUGUGAGCAAGUUUCCAAACUGUACCCAAAGAUCAAGUUUGAAGGAAUGAUCGUAGACAACACAUGUAUGCAGGUAUAACCUAGUCAUUCUCAACUUCUGCCACCUAGUUCUGUAAUGAAAUAAUGCAGGAAGAUUUGUAAGGAAAGUUUGUCCACUGGCGAGUGCCUUUAACCACCACCUGGUCAGCUCAGUUGGGAGAGCACCAGUCUGCUGAGUGGCAGGUCACAGGUUCAAACCCCGGCCAGACCAACACUCAGGGUCUUAAAAUAACUGAGGAAAAGUGCUGCCUUUGGAAUGACAUCUGCAAAUGGUUAGACUUCUAGUCUUUUCAGAUAAGGACGAAAAACCUUAGGUCCCAUCUCACAGCACUUUUCUGAACACUAUUCUGUUCUUUGUGGGACUUAAAAGAACCCACACCAUUGUUCAAAGAGAGUAGGGGACGUAGACCCUGGUGGUGUGGCAAACCUUUCCUGGGCUGGGUGGGUUAUCUGUAAGUACACACUUCAAUUAUUGAAGCUUGCUCUGUUGUGUGUUCCGCACCAUAUGGUGGAAGUGAUUAUAAAAUAAAUAAAUAAUAAAUAACACUAAUAUGUACUUUUUGACUGAGUGGGAGGGCCGGACGGGAUUUCAAUUAUUUACCGUAUUUAUUCGACUAUAAGCCGAUCUCGGCUAUAAGCCGAGACCCCAAACUUUGAAGGUGUAGACUUGGCAUUACGAGAACCAAAAAUAAAUAGAAAACACCCGGCUAUAAGCCAAGACCCAUUCAUUAUUACAAGACUGAAUUGUUAACUACGGGAAAACCUAACAUUUUCGGAAAAAAAUCACAUUUUUUUUCAAAAACGUUUGGCUAUAAGCCGAGACCCCCUCUAGAGCCCAAAUUUUAAUUCACUUCAGUUUUAAUUUGUGUAAAAAUCGCUCGGCUUAUAGUCGAAUAAAUACAGUAGCUCAAGGUCCAUGCGUCCUGACCAAGAGCCAAAUGUUUUCCUGUCCAGCCCAACCUAACUCAUUCAAUAAGCAUUUUAUCAUAUGACCAUUGUGUUUUUGAAUAUUUCUGACGGACCGAACCCACAUCUGUCAAUAUGCUUUUUUAGCAGGGCCGAAUGCAUUUCUCUGGCCCUUUCACUUGACGCGUUCAGCGAUCAUUAGGGAUUUUUUUUUUCAUAUGGUUUUUCAGUGAAAUUGCAUGCGGGGCUGUAUCAUGGGUCAUAUUAUAAAAAUAUUUACCGUAUGUUAAAUAUGCAGCUAUCAGCUAUUAAUAUACAUGUAAAGUAGUUUCUGACAAAUCAUUGAAUUUUAUUCAAAGCUUUCAAUUCUUAUACAAUUCAUUUAUCACUUAAAAUGAUAUACAGGGUUUUAUUGAUAAGGUAAUCUUGAAGAGAGAAAGGGUUUUCUGAUUUGCAGGGCACCUAGGCAUCUUUUAUUUACCAGGCCUGGGUUGUCCAAACAUUGGACAGUUUUAUGCACCAGAUAAGUCACUAUCCAGUGAAUAAGUGUUAGGGAAACUAAUUCCGCCAUCCAGUGGAUAGUGAUUUAACAACUGGUGCCUGGAUUCUGUUGACAGCUCAGCAUUUUCUACAGUCCAAACAAAGCUGUUACCAUUUCAAAAACAUUGUCAAACUUCAACUCAAAGCAGGGAAAAUUUUGGAAAGGAAUUUGACAAGCAAGGUGGCACAACUAUCUGGACUUUAGGCCAAAUAUCCACCCCUGACAUCUUUUACUCUACUUAUCUUUUUGUGUUUCCUUUUGUUUUGUUUAUCAGCUGGUAGCCAAACCCCACCAGUUCGAUGUGAUGGUCUUACCCAAUUUGUAUGGCAGUAUUGUAGACAAUGUUGGAGCAGCAUUGGUAGGUGGUGCUGGCGUGGUGCCUGGAAAAAGUCUUGGAAGCAACUUUGCCAUCUUUGAACCUGUAAGUAUCUGUCAUAGAGACCAUAACUAUGCUGAGAAAAGUUUGAAAUAGAAUUCCUUACUAGUAUUUCUUGUUUUUGUUACAGUAACUUCAAGGGUAUAAUAAUAACUGGCAACUAUUUUAAUAUAAUAUUAUAUAUAAUAUGUACUAAAAUCUUGAUUUUCUGUUUGUAAACCUGACAACUAACAGUAGAAUGUGAAAGUACUACUGAGAGCGUUUCAUUUGAAUCAUCAGUUCUUAGGAUUUUGUUCGCGGAUUCAGAAGUUACAUCUUCAUACCAAAUGAAAUAAUAGUUCCAUGUGAAAGUACCACUGAAGAGCUUUCAUUUGAAUGGUCACAUCACAGGAUCUUGUUCACACGUUCAAAAGUUAGAGCGUCACGCUAUCCGAUACCAUUUUAAAUUACUACAAAAGAGGUCUCAUUUGAAUGGUCACAUCUUAGGAUUUUGUCUAUCUAAAGCUAGGAGUCCACAGUUAAAUCAUUGACACAAAGUUUCCUUGAAUUUUCAGGGAGCCCGUCACACGUACGCUCAAAUGGCAGGAAGAAAUAUUGCAAAUCCCACAGCGAUGAUUUUAGCUGGUGUGGACAUGUUGGAGCAUAUGAAGUAAUAAUCAUUUGAUUGAGCUCUCUAAAAGAUGUUCGUCUUUUAAAAAUGAAUGAUUUUGUCCAUCUUUAAAUUUUCAGUGGUGUCUGAAAACAUUUUAGCAACUGAUCAUUUCCUUUUGGGUGACAGGAUAUGGUUUAUUUCUGAAGCUUAGAAUGGUCAAUAGCGAAAAAGAGCCACCCACCAUUGAACAUUUCCGGUAAAAACGUCUCUAAUUUGGGAAAGUCCAUUAAAACCAAUCCACUUUUUUGUUUUACAGUCUGGGAUUCUAUGCAAAAAUGAUCAGUGACGCUCUUCAAAAGACCAUCUCUGAAGGACAGGUGUGUAAAGUUAACAUUAAAAGAGUCUAG